AUGGCAAGCUGGAAAAACAAAAUGCUCAGCAAUGCAGGGAAGGAAGUGCUACUAAAAGCCAUCACAAUGGCCUUGCCUAUGUAUGCCAUGUCCUGUUUCAAACUUCCAGGAAAACUCUGUAAAGAUAUUAGUGCUAUGAUGGCAAGGUGGAAUAGACCACUGAUUUUCAGUACUUUCAAUGGCAAAGAUGCUAAAGAAAUCCUCAAAAUUCCAAUAAGUGUGGCAGGAAGGGCAGAUAGCAAUUACUGGAUAGCAAGCAACAAUGGAAACUACACUGUGAAGUCAGCCUACAAGAUGUUGGAAGGGGAGGAGAAAACUACUAAUAUUGGAAGGGGAGUAGCUAGAGGGCAAGGGGAAACUAACUUUAAUGGACAGAAGGAGAAAGAUCGGAGCAAAAUGUGGAGAAUGGACAUUAAGGGUAAACACAAGACCUGUCUUUGGAAAUGUCUGAACCAAGCUCUACCAGUGAACGAGCUCAUAUACUACGGAACUAGAAUGAGGGAACCAAUUUGCCAAGUAUGUGGCGCAGGAGAGGAAACCAUAGAACACUUGUUUUUCUUUUGCAAUCCAGCAAAGGAAGUAUGGAAGUUCGCACCAGUGCAGUGGGAUGGCAUUGCUGACAGUAGAGGCAAUUUCAACAAAUGGUGGAGUGGACUAAUGGAAGCAACAAGCAGAAAUAAAGGUCACCAGCACCAAGCUCUUACUGUGAACAUUCUCUGGCAACUGUGGAAAGCGAGAAAUGAGAAGGUCUUUAACAACAAGUGCAGGAAUCCUUUUGACAUUGUACAGAAAGCUCAUCUAGAAUGGAUAGAGUACACUGAAGUGACAAGUAGAGAGAAGCGGGUGAGCAGCCAAGAAACAUCAGCUAGUGAUGAAGAGGGACCGUGUCACAUAUUAGACACAGCAACAAGAUGA